AUGCACUCGGGUGACGGACCUGUCCAUUCACAGUCCAAGCGGAAGUCUUUCCUCACACCACAGUCGUUAUUCAACCUACGACAAUUUUAUCUGAAACGAGCAAAGCUGAAAACUGCGGGUCGGGUUUCAGCCCUACUAUCUGGCUUUGCUUUAGUAGCUAUUAUUGAGCUUGAUACUUCAGAAGCAGGAUACAAGGCGCCGCCGGCACUUGUUGCGGUGUUCACCACGGUAUCAUGCCUACUUGUGGUUGUUUUAAUGUUGGCCGUGAUGAUAAGCACUUGUAUCUCGCCACACAUCGAGUCCUAUCUUAGUAUUGCUUCUUUCGUGCCGCUUGAAGAAUCGCCCCAUUUCCAGCUUAAAGUGUUUAUCGAACUAGCCUGGAUAUUCAGUACAGUCAUUGGCAUUUUUCUCUUCUUGGCCGUAAUGGUGCUUGCUUGCUGGGUGAAAUUUUGGCAUGCCAGCGAAUCCUCGGCAAUCGCAAGUGCUGCAGUCAUUAUCCCUUCUCUCUUUGUAUUCGUUGCUCUGAGUGCUCUGUUUUACCGUACUCUUGCGACACAUGCUGUUCAGCAAGCUCAACGGACGAUUGAACGACUGGAUCUGCGUAUGGAUCGGCUAGAAGCUGGUCAGCUAACCAGUACGGCACAGGUUGCCGAAGCGAUGUCGUCACAUGACUUUUUCGACUUUGUGAUCGUCGGUGGGGGCAUCGCUGGUGUGGUUUGCGCAGAAACACUGUGUGAGCUGAUUCGACCAAGUCGCUUUGGUGGUGGACAGUCCAAGGGUUACGAUGCUCGGGUUGCCCUCGUUUCUGCUACGCCGACAGUGAAAACAACGGUUAAUUUGCGACGAAUUACAAACAUGAUUGAAUCAUUUGAUGUUUCUGAAGCCUCGGCCAAUGUGUGGUCCGAGACAUGGCCUGGGACCUUGGAAAUUUUCUGCGAUACUGUAAGACGACUAGACCCAACUGCACACCUCAUCUAUCUUGAAGAGCGAGGUCCUGACAGUCCAAUCCGCUACGGGCGUUUGUGUCUAACCACUGGGGCAGUUCCUCGUUUGAUUGCGAAAGAGAACCCUUUCGUUAUUGGCCUACGGGAUACGGAGAGUUUGGCUGCGUUCCAAACACGUUUACGAGAUACUCGUCGAAUGGUGUUAGUUGGUAAUGGUGGUAUCGCAACAGAAAUAGCCCAUGAAGUGACCGGAUGUCAGAUCGUAUGGGCUAUAAAAGAUAACAGUAUAAGUACACCAUUUUUGGAUCCAGCAGCUGCCAAAUUUCUCCUCUGUGCACGUGAAUUGGCGCGAUCAUCUGAAGGCUCACCGGAACCGAGUGAUGGCCCUUCAAAAGCUGGUGAUGGUCUCGGCGCCGUUCAAAUUCGUCGCAUGCGGUAUGUUGUGGAUGACAGGAACGCGCAACAACAAGAAUUGGUUCUGGUCCCAGCGACACGUGAGGGGAACGAAUCCGCCCAGGCAAACCCACCAACCACAUUUGGAGCAGCAUUGGGUCCUGAUUGGGCUCAUGGGCGAACGUUACGUGGUUGCUUGUCGGGGAACAAUGACAACCGCCUUUUGCGAGUUGUAUACAACGUGCGAAUCGAAUCUGUCCUGAGUGCUGCAGAAUUCAAAGCCCACGGUGGUCCAACGACAGAACCGUUCCCUCGAAAUUCCUCGUCAUCCUCAAUACCAGAGGACAGUGAGUCUUGGCCGGUCUAUGUUUUGCUAACCAAUGGUGAGGCUUACGGAUGUGACCUUGUAGUCAGUGCUGUCGGUGUGGAAGCGAGCUUUCAACCAUCGCGUACUUCCUUUGAAGCCAAAAGUUCGGAGUACUUUGGCGCACAGUUCGAUCUGGCUCCUCCUUCAGUCUCCGGGGGUGGUGUGUUGGUCAAUGAUCAAAUGGAAACAAGUGUUCCUGACGUAUACGCAGCCGGAGAUUGUGCUUAUGCCAACUGGACCUGGGCACCACAUUGGUUUCAAAUGCGGUUAUGGUCUCAAGCGAGGCAGAUGGGAUUCCAGAUCGUCCUGCUCGGGUUGUACAACGGGCAAGGCUUGGAUCUAACUUCUCCGGACUGUUAUCUCCUCAUGCGAGUUACUCCGGGUCGUGAAUACGUCAAGUGCGUGAUGCGGGCGGGUCGGAUGCAAGGUGCUUUGUUGAUCGGUGAAACCGAUCUGGAAGAGACAUUGGAAAAUCUCAUUGUGAAUCAGCUGGAUUUGACGCAUUUGGAAGACUCACUGCUGGAUCCAGAUAUCGAUCUCAGUGAUUACUUUGACUAA